AUGCUUCAAUUCGGCCCUACCGAAGAAAUAGCUGCUUUGUCUCCUGAUUUUAAGAAAACCCGGUUACCAGAGGAAGAAGCCUAUCUGCCAAUUACUUCUGAUGAAUUAUUCAAUAAAUCAGAAGAAGAUAUUGAUAUUCUCGUUGACGAAGAAACUAUCAACUGUCAAACCACUUCUAAAUCGACUAUUCAAUCAUUUUUCUUGGACGAAUUCAAAUCAUGGAACCCAGAAACAUUCUUGAAACUCAUUACCCAGAGAGUAGCGGAGAAAUCCUUGCGCGUCGUCUUCGAAGACAUAGACGAGAACAUAAUUAUUCCAGUGUUUCAAAUUCUCCAUCGCACCCAUUCGACAGAACUGAAUGUGAUUGGUAUUUUAGCAGAAAUGUCAGAUAAUGUUUGGACUCUUUCCAGAAAUACUCGGAUCUUCUUACUAGAGGCAUCAAAAUAUUACAUGCUCAAGCCGGAAAGGGUUAUUCUCGAACGAGUCGUGUAUUAUCUGAGAAAGGCUAACACGCCGAAGAACCAAGAAGUAGUGCUCUUAUUGGAGCAACUUGGUAGAAGCUCGUGUUCGCUAGACUCAGCCGUCUUGGAUGCGUACUGUGAUCUUACAGUAGACUGUACGGAAUCCUACGAUCUUGUCUUCGACACGAGUGAGGAAGGCUCACACUCUUCAUCUAAUCCACUCAGCGCUUCUCUACCUCUCGAAAUUCCAGAGCUCGAGGAACCUCUAUGGAAAAAUAUGUCUAAAUUGAGCUUUUCAAAAGCCGAUUUCAAAUCAUUCAUUGCACUACGCCACAGUUCUUGA